AUGCCGGCAGAUAGACUCCUUACAACUGUGUUACGCGCAUACCAAGGGGUGCCGGAUCUAGGGCAGACGGACAGGAUCCUCGGGACAACUACCUCACUACUUACCACUCUUACAAACCCAUUGAAUAUAAGUCUUCUCACGUCACAUCUUCUCACGGCACCUGCUAUAUGGAAUAAUGCGGAUGGUCUUCGAAUAUGUCUCCGAAUUAUCAGUGUCUUCAACACCGCCGCCAUCACGGUGCACCAAAAUGAAUUAGAAGGUCAUAACGAACAACGACCAUAUGAUGCAUAUCAACCUCGCAAAGGGGGCGGGAUUGGUUCUGACGAUUGGGCUCGAGCUGUGAUUAGAGGUGCAGAUGAUAGGUCGCCAAGAUGGCAGCAUCUUCUUGUGAUUGCAGGAGUGUUGCUGGGCAUGGAAAGCGGAAGGAGGCAUGGGCUCUCAGGAAGUCUUAGAAGCACACUUGAACGAGCAUUAGUUACGGCGGCAAAUUUAGCAUUGGAAGAUCCGACAAGAGAUGGAAUUCUCGCUGCAGAAUCCAUUGUACUAUCUCUCAAUCACGCAUUUCCCUUGUUGUCGGACGGAGUUCGUGCAGGCCUGAAUUAUGAUGAUUUGGUUAUGAUAAUGGUAAGGACGGUGACUGCGAUGGAGGGCUAUCGGGAUGGUAUAUUUUUACAAUAUAUUGAUGCGGAUAUCAUACAAGUGUCGGGAGAUCAAUUUGAUUGGUCGUCUAAAUCCACCUCUUUUCUGGAACUACAAAAACAAGCAUCAAGCCCUAUACUUUCGUCCAUGGGGCCACUAUCAAGGCUGAUUGCGCAUGCGAUCGAGAACAUGAGUAACUCUUUACUAGCAAUAGAAAUCCGAGAGCACCUCCUUUCCUUCACAGGUAGACUUCUAGAAGGCUGGAAGAGGAACAAGUUAUCGGAGAUUGAUUUAUCUGAGGAAGCGACAUUUCUGACUCCUGAAACUCUUCAAAUGACCGCACCAGUUUUAUGGCAAAUAUUGAAGAGCGCAAUGUUUGCUACCGUAGUGAUUCUACAGGGCAUCAUGGGAAGGACGUUGGUUGAUCCCAUCCUAUCGACAAAACGUCUUGCUGCAUUAGGGGCUUCAGAAACACUCAUCAUCCUUGGAAACAUUCACUUUAUCUCGUCUCGACUUGGCUCAAAUGCUUUCUCUGCAUAUGUGUUCGUCAAUUUAUCGUCUAUCGACAUCUUAUCUAAUUAUCCCCUCGAGUCAAGAGAGCUUCUCAAGGCAAUAUACCCUACGCAAGCCGGCGAGAUUCCAGCUAGCCCGUUGCAGCGCAACCACGAUCUAUUCUACCUUAAUACUUGCGAGCACUUAACUAGUAUCCUUAGUCCACCUGAUAACGAAAGCUUGAUUAUCGGUGUGGCAGCUCCUUACCUCAGCCCAACAGCUCAUCCUGGCUUCUUGGAAAUCUUCGAAGCUGCGCAUAGUGCUGUUCUUGCAGUACUGUCAGCUCCUCAAAACAUAAAAUUGACGGCCAGAUUCAUCCCAACUUACGUCAAUGCUCUCUUCAAUUCAUUCCCCAACAACUUAUCUCCUAGACAAUUCCGUUUCGCAUUUAAAUCUUUAAUACAUAUUACCACCUCGCCUACACCCCUCACAACUGCUGAGCCAAUGCUAGCAGAAACUCUCCUAGAAAUGCUCCAUCACCGCGCGGUUCACGCGCCUACAUCACCAUUACCACAAUCGAUAUAUAUGAGAGAUACUGCCAGUCAACAAGGUAGCCAAGCGCCACUCUCUGAACAAGCCAUCCUCAUGCUCACAUUAUUGGACACUUUGCCUAAUCUUCCUCUCGAUGUUCUAGAAGCUUGGCUACCAAUAUCUGCCGACCUCUUGAAUACCAUCGAGGAUAACUACAUGCGCGAACACUGUAAAGCGAGAUUCUGGGAAGUGUUGGAGAGUGGAGAGAUGGAUGUGGAGAGGAGUGCGGUGUGUGUAGGAUGGUGGAGUACUUGGGGUGGUAGAGAUCAAAUAUUAUUUGGGAGGGAAACGAUCGAUAAUGUACCGUGUAUGAGUGGAGGAUUGGGAGAGGUUAGAAGUAGGUUGUGA